AUGUUAACAGUCCGAAAAAAUCAUGAUCCAGGAAAUUGUUCAAAAUCAAAUCAUGGCGAACUCAUAUUAGUAAAAGAUAGGGAGAACAAAGAUACCAUAUUAGUUUGUACUGAAGAUGAUGAAAUUUUUAGUUGGAAGACGACUGACAGUUCAAAAUAUUUUAGACUCCAAACCCCCGGGAGAAUUUUUAAUCCUGGUUACGACUGCCUGGAUAUUUUAAACAAGAACCCAAAGUCUAAAGAUGGAUAUUAUUGGGUGAAUUUCAAUGCGGGAAUACCAAAAAAGGUCUACUGUGACAUGACAACAGAUGGUGGUGGGUAUAUAUUGUUUGGUUACAUAAAUGGCACUGUAACAUGGGGCGUCCCAUCAAAUAAUGAAACUGUUCAACCAUUUGGUGAUCCACAUUGGUCCAGUGAGUUUGGCGAUGUUUCAGUUUUGGAUUUCAGAAUUCAAGUUGCUUCGGAUGAUGAUAUGAAAAAGACGAAGGCUCACUGGGCAUUUCGAUUUAAGAAUAAACGUGUCUUGAAGAAUUUGAUGAUCGUCGAUCAAGGAGGAUGUCCAAGCAAUUUUCCUGGUGUUGGAGAUGUGUCUUAUGUCAAAGAUUUGAUGACGGGUGAAAUUGUUUCGAAAGAUUUCUUUUGCUCAAUAUUUGGACCGUAUUCUUAUCCUACUGCAAAAGUUGGCUGGACAAUGAUGAAUCUUUGUUUGGAACAACCAUGUCCAUAUGGUUUUGCUUACCAUUGGUUAUUUCCAGUUCAGGUUGAUUUCUCUGGGGGAUUCAGUUACGUCAGCAAAACAAACAACAGCAGUAGUGGUUUAACUGCAUUUUUUGGUUGCGAUAAAGGAAAGUGUUGUGCAUGUUAUGGACCACGUGGUGGAAGAGAUGUUUACUGUCUCAAAGGAUGUCAAACAACAAAUGGUGGUAUAAUAACAAAACAUGCAUCAGCUUGGUUCUGGGUCAGAUCAAAUCUUCCUCGUAAAAUUUGGGAAAAAUGUAUGGAGUAUAGAAGCGAAGACGAGAGUGGUGAUAGUGCCUGGUAUAAACUAGAGGGAGAGAGAAAUAUUCCUGUCAAGGGAAGGUGCGGAAGAAGUGAACCGUUAAUAAAUAAUGGGGUAAGUGGAUCUGAGGCAUUUUUUCGCCAGUAA